CCGCUCCCAUAUAGGGCGGCGGCGGCGGCGGCGGCAGCUCCGGCCAUGGGCACCCGCUGCCAUGUGUGGGGCCCGGCCCCACGGCUGCUGCUCGCCGCCGCCCUGCUGCUGCCCGGCGCCGUGGGGCUGAGCUGCCGGAGCUGCGUGGAGGGGGGCGAUGGCGGCUGCCGCCCCCAGGCCUCCGCCAACGUCACCUGCGGCGCCGGCAGCAGCGUCUGCGCCGAGGCCCUGGCCGCCGUCACCUGGAGCCACGGGCGGUUCGCGGUGGGGGCGCGGGGCUGCGCCCGGGGGGCGGCGGGGGCCAACGACCGGGCCCUGGAGCUCUUCGGCCUCGUGGUCUUCGCCCAGCGCCGCCACUGCGACGCCGACGGCUGCAACGGGCGCCUGGCGCUGGGCCGCGGAGCCCUGGCCCUGCCCCUGCCCGGUAACGAGAGCGCCCGGGUGCCCAAUGGCGUCUCGUGCUACGGUUGCCCCGACGACGGGCCCUGCCCCGCCAGCAACGCCACCGUGGUGCAGUGCUACGACGACCUCACCGGCUGUUUCCACGGCAACGUCACCGUGACGCUGGGGUCGGUGUCGCUGUGGCGCGAGGUGCGGGGCUGCGUGAGGGACAGCACCUGCACCCGGGCGGCCAAGGGCGGCGGCGCCGUGGGGCUGCAGGGCUCCUGCUGCGCCGGCAGCCUCUGCAACCGCGACCUCACCAACAAGACCUUCUUCGCCCCCGACCUGCCCCGCCUCGAGCUGCUGCCCCACGGCCCCGGCCCCACGGCGCCCCACAAUGCCACCACGGCCGCCACCCUGGCCACCACCGCCAAUGUGGCCGCCGCCACCACCAACAUGGCCGCCGCCACCACCGACAUGGCCGCCGCCACCACCGAUAUGGCUGCCGCCACCACCAACAUGGCGGCCCCCACCGGGGCCCCCAGCACUGCCAUGGCGGCGCCCACGGAGGAGGAGGAAGAGGAGGAGGCCACAGAGGGCGGGCGGCCCCCCGGCCCCAUGGGGCGGAAGCAGGGGGCCAAGGGGCCGGAGCUGGGGGGCCAUGGGGCCGCCGUGGGGCUGGGGGCCUCCGCCUGGCUCCUGCCCCCGCUCCUGGCCCUGGCGCUGCUCUAACCCCUCCCUCCGCCAUGGGGGGGGACCCCCAAAACCGUGUGUGCAAUAACCCCCUCCCCCCCCCCCCCAGGGUGGGGGGCACCCCAUGGCCCCUCCCCCCGCAAUGGGGCACCCCACAGGACCCCUGCCAUGGGGGUGCCCCCCCCGAUCCCCCGCAAAUGGGCUCCCCAUGGGCCCCCUCCCGUCAUGGGGGCACCCCUUGACCCCUAAAAUGGGGGGCACCACCCCCCAUUGACCCCCCCAACUUGGGGGCAGCAGGGACAAUAAAUGGCUGCGGUGGAAGGAACAA